AUGAUACAUUAAUUCACUGUGGCACAAACUACAUUGUCCACUGUAGUGAAGGCUCUGAGAGGACAAGCAGUGGACGCAUAGAGCGCUGUCAUCCAGUGGAAUGAAAGAUGAUGAAUUCCAGGAGCAUGAAAAAAUUCUGUCUCCAGAUUUUCUCUCAACUGUACAAAUCACAGAUUUACUAACAGAGAAUAUUGAUGGAGUUCAAGAAAAGCUGAGAAUGCUUUUACAUUUCAAAAAUCUUCAAACUUGUUUAAAGGAUGCCAUUCUAUUAGAUUAUUAUGUGUCUGGAUUUUUGUGGGCUAAAGGAAUGGACUUUUCUAUUAUUCAGUGUUCAAAAUUUAUGACUUUACUAGAUAUGUUACUUCAUAAUCUUAAAACAUUGAAUAUGUCCUUAGAGGACAACAUAAAGUGGCUCGGGGAAGUGAUGGCUGAAAUCGGACCAACCCAUUCUCAAAGAAUUGAUGAAUGGAACACCUUUGAUGUAAAACAAGCCAAUGCUAUCAUUGAUUACCUAAAAAUGAGCUUCUUUCAACACUACAAGCUAUACAAGUUUAUAUUCUACUCUACCAGGGAAGAAAUUGUGAUAGGGACUGAGCAAGUAAUAGAGAUUGUCAAUCCUGCAGGAGGCCCUUUUCCAAGUCCUCUGGAAGAAGGAAUCUCAUUUGAUAUUUAUUCAAAAUUCAUUGAGCCACCGCCAACAUUAGAUAAAGAAAUGAAGGGGGUGGAUCAAGAACAAGGCCAUAAGGAGUUCCAGCCAGAAACUGACACUUCGGACAUGGAUCCUUUAGUUGGCUUCACUAUUGAAGAUGUAAAGUCCGUGCUGGCUCAAGUCACAGAUGACAUUUUAACAGACAUUCAGAUCGAGAUAAACGAAAAGCUGCAAAUACAGGAAGAGGGCUUUAAUGCACGCAUAGAAAAACUGAAAAAGGCCUGAGGACUUGGUCCAAGGAAAGUAAUGCUAAACUUCACAGAAACAGACAAAGCUAACUGGAAUAGUAGAUUCUCUAGAGCAUCGGAUCUUCUUCAUUUCAUUGUGAAAGAAAAACCAAGCCCACUUUUUAUUGUCAUAAGUAUUUAGAAAAGCAUUACCCCCAAUUUUGCCAUCUCCUGUACCUUAACAGCCUCUGAAUUUAUUGCAACACAGUAAUAAGAAUAUUCAUAUACAGGAGCAUGGAGAAUUAUAUAUAAAAGUACAAUUACUUUUAUGCUAGUUCUUUGACUUUUUCAUAAACAUGACAUCUUUACUGAAAAUGAAACUAACUUUUUAAAGUAAUCAGCAAUAAAAAAUAACAAGAAUAAUAAUAAUAAUAGUAAUAAUAAUUGUAUCCAUAUUGACACAAAUGAACUGUCACAUUACUGGAGCUCUAUGAAAAGAUACCAUUACUACACUACUGAGGAUAAAAUGUGCUAAACGAUGGCAAUUCAAACACAUAGGAUUUUUAAAACUUAAAUCAUUUGGUUUUCUUAUUUAAAUGUUUCAGUGUGAAACCAAUUUUCUGAAAUUAUAUAAUGUAGUUUGAAGCAUUUCAAUUUAUUCUGCUCUGUAUUUGUUAUUUCUAAUCUUGUUACUCUCCCUGGAGAAUACAUGACCUAUAUAAAAAGAAGCAAUGUAUAAAUGGUUAUUAAAGACCAACCUAUAUAUAGAUUGUAAAAAAAAAAGUCUUAAAUACAAGUCAAACUCACAGAGCUCCUAAGUUUAACCAUUACAUUGCAGUGGAAUUAUUGAAAAAUAUCUCAAGUCUUUAACUAUCCUUAUUAAAAUAUAAUUUUAGAACAAAAAUAGCCAUGUGCUGACUGUCCCUAGUUAGACACAUUAGUUCAUUACUACCUAAACCCUUUCCAAAGUCUCUAGACUUCAGCAGAUCCUAGAAUGGAGGCAAAAAAUUGUUCCCUCAAGAAUUUUCAAAACUGUACAAUACCUGCAAUUGGCUAAAUAUGCAUUACACCCUUACUUUCUCUAUCAGCAUCAAAGGAACUGCCCAAAACAUUUCCACUUGGAACAGACAGACAUGACAGCUUUUGGUAAUUUUCUGACUGCACUAAUCUGCAAAUUAAGAGUAGACCUUAAGAUAAAAUCAUGUUACUGUCCCUUAUAGCUCUCAGGCUGAAGCCCUGGAGAUGUGUUUCUCCCCGGAGCUGUCCUUUCUGAAUAAAAGCAUUAAAGACUAUAAGAGACUCACAAAUAUGGGCCCACUAAGCAGCCUGUUCUCCAGGGGAAACAGGAAAACUGGGGUAACCAAAAAUGGAAUAGACUCUUGCAGAAAUCACCGAGCACAGUUUCAGAUGCAAUCAUUGGCACAGAGUGGAACUGCACUUCUUGUAAAAAGUGUUGAUGUGAGCAAGGGUACCAGGAGCCUAUCACCAAAUCAAAAACAGCACUACAAUUCCUAAGUACUACAUAGUAUAACAGACAUGCUGAAAGUUGUGGCUAAGACUCUUCAACCCUAAUACUGGCUUUGCCUUUGGCUAGUGUAUAACCCUACACUGGCCACUCAACUCUUUGUUCAUCUCUUAAGUGGAGAUAGUACCUGUUUUUGAGAUAAUUAUGGGGAUUCGAUAAAUUGAAGUUCAAUGACUUUUCUUGUAAGGUUGGUUUUGCUUACUUCUUAGGAUAGGAAAAUGUCCCACCACUUCUCAUUUGCUGGAUCAGCCUCUCUCCCAGAAUUCCCUGCUCCUCUGCCUCCCUCCUGGCACCUAUGGUUAGGUAUGUUCUCCCAGUUUUUCAGUCAUCCCACAGUGACUACUCUGACCUUCUACUGUCCUUUGUGUUUAUGUUGGAGCAGCCAGGGACCUCUAGGGCAGUUCAGAUUUAAGGCUAAUAAUAAUGGGAAAAAGCAAUCAUGGUAGCAGUAGCCAGAAAUUUUAAUUCAUAUUCUUUGUGUUUUGAAAUUCAUAUUGAUUUCAUAAAGGCACAUAGCAAUUUUGUAACCUAAAAUAUUCAAACACACACAGUGUACACAGUGAAGACAAUGAAAAAUAAAUCUCUCCCCAGGUACUUCCUUCCUCUCCCACAAGGCAACUAGAGCUUUACUUCUUCAAGCACUUGGAUGGAUGCUUGUAUAAGUGGUGAUUGUUUUUAUUUAUUUUUUCCCCAUUGAGUUUAUUGGUACUUUUUAGGUAUAC